CUGGAACAUUGCUCCAAACAUCCAGGUCCUCCAAGUAGGUCAUGGCGCUUUUCGGAUCACUACGUCCUUGAUGACAGAUGCGGUGAAUCACUCCUCCAUACGGCCUUUGUCCGUUUUGUCGGCCUUCAGGCGACCUGUUCUAAGGGCUCCUGCGCCGGCCGCUUCACCAGUUCAAGGACGUCUUCCAGGUGGAGUAGAAGAGGAAGAGGUGCCGCCUCUUGCGAGGGCGUUGGCGGCGCCAUGUGUUCCGCGGCCACGUCCCAUGGUGCCGAAGCUUUCCCUCCGUGGCGUUUUCAAAGAGAAGGAAAAGGCGGGAGAGUACAAACUGAAGAUGGAUUACAAGUGUGAUGACCCUUGCGAUGACUCCGAUCUUGACACCUUGGACGACGCGGAGGCCCCAGAGAUCUCGGACCUGCAACUGGACGAGGCCAUCGAAGUACUGUUGGACAGCAGAUAUCGCAUCGUUGAUGGUGAGCAGGCGAACCCCCGCGCCGAAAACGAGAGUUUCUGGGUUCGGCUCUUUGGAGGCUGCCUGGCUGAAGAG